GGUUUUGGGGGUACUGUCCCAGGUUGAAACCCCUGUGAAGAGCAAGACCUCCAAACAGAAGUUGAAAGAUUUGAAUGGGAAACGAUUACACCACAAGCAAUUUAUGUCGCAGAUAAAACCUGCUCCAACAGCAAAUGUGAUCAUUUCAAUCACCGUGGCUGCCGGAAAUGACGAGACACCGUCUGGUGAAGUUCGCCACGAUACCGCCAAAGUCAUUCGUCAGGUGGCACGAUUUAGCGAUUUGCGAUUCGUUGGGAAAAGCGGCAGAGGUUUGCUACCAAUCAAUAAUUGA